AGUAAGAGCUUCUUCAGCACUUCACAACGCAACUAGAAAUCAAGAAAUAAUAAAAAUUUCGCGGGCUAUUCGUAUUUCUUAACUCUGUUUGAUAGGUCACGUGAGCAUACAAGACCUAUGAAAGGUCAAAUUUCUAAGCCCCGCCUCAUGUGUCCUCCCCCAAGUCUACGCACACAUAUUGGGGUACCCUCAUUUCGAUAUUUACCAUCGGACAGUUAGUUCGUUCGUUCGGAGGCCUAACAAUGUCAACCGAAGAGACCGUUUCAUCUUCACCUGCUGCUGCUACGCCAAAGAAGGCGAAGAAAUCAGCGAGUAAGAAACCGAAGACGAUACCAUCACAUCCUAAAGUUUCAGCUAUGGUCGUAGAGGCUAUUACGAGUUUGAAAGAACGGGGUGGCUCUUCUCUUCAAGCCAUUAAGAAGCAUAUUGCAUCGCAUCACAAAGUGGAUAUUGACCGUUUGACCCCUUUUAUCAAGAAGUAUCUGAAGAGUGCUGUAGCUGGUGGAAGCCUAGUUCAGACGAAAGGAAAGGGAGCUACUGGUUCAUUCAAAGUUAGUGCAUCUGGCCAUAAAAAUAAGGAGUCAGGAAAACAAGAGAAGAAGCCAAAGAAGGCAGCUGCAUCACCGGCGAAGAAAGCUAAAGCGCCUGCAAAGAAACCAGCUAAAGCAAAAGAGGAGAAGAAAAAGCCUGCUGCCAAAAAAACGAGCGUUAAAAAAGUGAGUAAAGCAAAAAGCCCAAAGAAAGUUGUGAAAGCAACGAAGCCGAAGCCUCCCAAAGCAAAGAAACUUAAAGCAGUUAAAAAAGCCACUCCAAAGAAAGGCAAAAAGUGAAAGGAUGAUGGACUGAAAUAAUUAAAAAAAAAAAAAAGGCUCUUUUCAGAGCCAUACAAAUUUUAAUAAAGAUAUGCCUUUAUUAGUGUGCCUAUGAAUAGUAGAUAUGUAAUAUUUAAUGCGAAACACAAGUCUGUCCUCUUCAGAAGAAAGCUUUCUUUUUCCUUUGCUCCUGAAGAAGAGAGGCCUCCAUCUGACCGGCCAAUGAAGUAUUAAAAAAUAAUCAAUACUUCUUCACAAAAAAAGAUUUAAUGAAUACAAAUACUUUAUAAAAAAAUAGAUUUAUUUUUAUUGGUGUGUAACUUUUUAAAGAAGGAAUAUAAAAUGCUAAUUUUAAUUCGAUUCAUACAGCUUAAGUAGAUAAUGAUUUAAACCGAUAUAAUUAAAUCGGGAGUACUGUUAUAGCGAGAAAUUUUACAAUAAAGGCAUAUCUUUUUUAAAAAUUUGUAUGGCCCUGAAAAGGGCCUUUUGGGGGGGGGGGGAAUUAGGGCAAGGUAAUGAUAU